UCUCCUCUCAAUUUCCCUUGUCAUCGGCAGUGUCUUGAAAGAUUAACCUCAUUUCAAGACACUUUUGAGGAGACUGACUAGCUGAGGUCGCGAGCUUUCUGGCCAUGGCGAAUCUGGGCGGCGGCCCCACCGGGGGUCGUCUUUGGUCGGUACUAGCUUUGGCGCUGGCUAUAUCUGUAGUUUCGAGCAAUGUAGGGUCCGCUUUUGCUUCCGAUUCCUACACUUACUCUUCUCCUCCUCCACCGUCUCCAUCACCGCCGCCACCUUACGUUUACAAGUCCCCACCCCCUCCUUCGCCAUCUCCUCCUCCUCCUUAUGUCUAUAAGUCUCCACCUCCACCUUCCCCUUCUCCACCUCCUCCUUACGUUUACAAGUCACCGCCUCCACCAUCGCCAUCUCCACCUCCUCCAUAUGUCUAUAAGUCUCCACCGCCGCCCUCGCCAUCUCCACCACCGCCCUAUGUGUAUAAGUCUCCGCCUCCACCCUCACCAUCCCCUCCGCCACCUUCCUUGUACAAGUCCCCUCCACCUCCUUCUCCUUCCCCACCACCACCUUAUUACUACAAAUCUCCACCACCACCAUCUCCCUCACCGCCGCCUCCAUACUAUUAUAAGUCCCCUCCUCCGCCUUCACCAUCACCCCCACCUCCUUACUACUACACAUCUCCACCACCGCCUAAGAAGUCUCUGCCGCCGCCAUAUUACUACAAGUCUCCUCCUCCGCCUUCGCCAUCGCCUCCACCACCCUAUUACUACACAUCUCCGCCUCCCCCCAAGAAGUCUCCUCCCCCGCCUUACUACUACACCUCCCCACCACCACCAAAGAAGUCACCUCCACCGCCUUACUACUACAAGUCCCCUCCUCCUCCGAAACAUGCUCCUGCACCUUAUUACUACACUUCUCCUCCUCCACCGGUCCACCAUCAUCACCCUCACUUGGUCGUUAAGGUUGUCGGAAAGGUGUAUUGCUACAAGUGCUACGAUUGGGGACACCCUAUGAAAUCCCACGACAAGAAACACCUCAAAGAUGCCGUGGUGGAGGUGACAUGCAGGGCCGGUGCAAAGCAGAUCAAGGCCUACGGAACCACCAAGAUCAACGGCAAAUACAGCGUCACCGUCCCGGGCUUCGACUACGUCAAGUACGGCCCCAAGGCAUGCACCGCCAAGCUCCAUGCGGCGCCCGAGCAUUCUCCUUGCUCCAUCCCCACCGACUUGCACGGCGGCGUGAAGGGUGCCAAGCUCUCCGUUAAGUCCAAGACUUACUACGAAGUCGUGCUCUCUGCCGACUCCUUCGCUUUUGCUCCCAAGACCCCCUACCCAGAGUGCAAGACGCCCAAGCCAGCCCCUGCCCCUUACGUCUACAAGUCUCCUCCCCCGCCGCCUUACGUGUACAAGUCUCCACCACCCCCACCUCCCACUUAUGUCUACAAGUCACCUCCUCCGCCUCCUUACAUCUACAAGUCUCCUCCGCCACCUCCACCAACUUACAUCUACAAGUCUCCACCCCCACCACCACCUCCGUAUGUUUACAAGUCCCCUCCGCCACCACCUUAUGUCUACAAGUCUCCUCCACCGCCGCCCUACAUUUACAAAUCUCCUCCCCCACCCCCACCAUCCCCAUAUGUCUACAAGUCUCCUCCACCGCCACCUUACAUCUACAAAUCUCCACCGCCUCCUCCCUACGUGUACAAGUCUCCCCCGCCACCGCCCUACAUCUACAAGUCUCCACCACCUCCGCCCUCACCUUAUGUCUACAAGUCUCCUCCCCCACCACCUUACAUCUACAAGUCUCCCCCACCGCCGCCUUACGUCUACAAAUCCCCACCUCCACCACCGUACAUCUACAAAUCACCCCCACCACCAUCUCCAUCGCCGCCUCCUCCCUACGUAUACAAGUCUCCACCACCUCCUUCACCCUCACCUCCUCCUCCUUACCAUUACACCUCACCUCCACCGCCCGUGAAAUCGCCUCCUCCCCCGGCCUACAUCUACGCGUCGCCUCCGCCACCAACACACUACUAAGCUCUAGAAGCUUAGCCACGAACCAGUCUCAAUUAAAUUCUAGUUUCAAAAGUGCAAUAAAGGAGGGUGAUAAGGGUGCAAGAAUCAAUCAUCAAUUUCAUCAAGCUAUGUCGAAUAAGGGUCUCAAAGAUCCAUCAUCCAAGAGCAACCGAGUGGAAAUGGAUCGCCAUUUUGCUUCUGCCCCUUUGAUCGUUAUCUUCCAGCUUCUGCUCACAUUACGUUCAGACAAGACUGGCUCCAAACCUUUAUGUCAACGGAGAAAAUGGUCAGAGCACGCCGCAGUAUAACAGGGCGCAGGAUUUGCGGACUUUGCUUCCCUUUGUGUUUUUCCUUUUCACCUUCUAAGGACGUAAUCUCAUUCAUUGGCCAUGUGCUUGUACAACCACAUUUUUAUUUGGACCCCUCCCUUCAUUUGUUUGUUGGAUCCUCCGGUUCUUUGUGUAAUAAAAUUUCAUCUGGCAAUAUACUCAGCUUGAUGAUU